ACAUCUACGCAAACCAAACCCGAAUUCGAUUCUGCACCACUUUCCUCUUUCACUAAACCCAUUCUUCUCUUCACAUUGAUUUUCUUUCUCUGAAUCCAGUUCCUUCCAUGGCUACUACACUUUCUUCCAAAGCUACCUUUCCGUCUCAUUCUCUCUCCGACAACUUCCUUACCCAUUUCGCUCCCUCCGUCAGGCUCUCUCUUGCCUCGAAGCAAAAACCCUACCCGAGACUCAGAGUCUCCAACGCGUUGAUCGAACCCGAUGGUGGGAAGCUGGUGAAUCUCGUUGUUGAGGAAUCUCAGAGGAACGGCAAGAGAAGGGAGGCGUUGGCUUUGCCCAGGAUCCAGCUUUCCAACAUUGAUGUCGAAUGGGUUCACGUGCUCAGCGAAGGGUGGGCUAGCCCGCUGCGUGGGUUCAUGAGAGAGACGGAGUUCCUCCAGACGCUUCAUUUCAACUCGCUUCGACUCCAUGACGGAUUGAUUGUCAACAUGUCGGUGCCAAUCGUGCUUGCCAUUGAUGAUGAGCAGAAGCAUUUGAUCGGCGAGUCCAGAAAUGUUGCUCUCUUUGAUUCUCAGGGCAAUCCGGUCGCCAUUUUGAAAGAUGUUGAGAUUUAUAAGCACCCCAAGGAAGAAAGGGUAGCUCGUACUUGGGGAACAACUGCCCCUGGCCUCCCUUAUGUUGAAGAAACUAUAACUCGUGCUGGCAAUUGGCUGAUAGGGGGUGACCUAGAGGUUAUAGAAGCAAUCAAGUACCAUGAUGGCCUUGAUCGUUUUCGGCUUUCUCCUGCAGAACUCCGUGAGGAGUUCACAAGGCGCAAUGCAGAUGCUGUGUUUGCUUUCCAGCUCCGAAAUCCUGUUCAUAAUGGUCAUGCUUUGCUGAUGACUGAUACUCGUAAACGACUUCUUGAGAUGGGCUAUAAGAAUCCCAUCCUCUUGCUCCACCCACUGGGAGGCUUUACUAAAGCCGAUGAUGUCCCACUCGAAUGGCGUAUGAGACAGCAUGAGAAGGUGCUUGAGGAUGGUGUUCUUGACCCAGAGACGACAGUUGUAUCAAUUUUCCCUUCUCCCAUGCACUAUGCUGGACCAACUGAGGUACAGUGGCAUGCAAAGGCUAGGAUAAAUGCAGGGGCAAACUUCUACAUUGUUGGUCGGGACCCUGCAGGUAUGGGCCACCCAAUUGAGAAAAGAGAUCUAUAUGAUGCUGACCAUGGGAAGAAGGUGUUGAGCAUGGCACCUGGACUCGAGCGUCUGAACAUCCUUCCUUUUAGGGUUGCUGCAUAUGACAAGACUCAGGGCAAAAUGGCUUUCUUUGACCCUUCUAGGCCUCAAGAUUUCCUCUUUAUAUCAGGGACCAAGAUGAGAACGCUGGCGAGGAAUAAGGAAAGUCCUCCUGAUGGAUUCAUGUGCCCCGGUGGCUGGAAGGUGCUGGUUGAGUACUAUGAUAGUUUGGUUCCCUCAAGUCUAGGCAGAACACCGGAGGCAGUACCAGUUUAGUUAAAUUAAGUUCAUUAAUUAUUAUUAUUUUUAUUCUGGUCGGGAAAACAUGUAUGUGUUCUCCUAAAGAAAUCCACCUCUGCAAUUAUUCUGUCAUAAAUUCCUUGCAAAAGAAGGAUGAAGAAUCUGGGGGAGGAACUGACUCAGGUGUAAAAUUAGCCUCCACUUGUAUGUAGGAUUUGUGUGGCAUUAUUGCCUCUUCCACGUGUACACUGAUUGAGCAGUUUUGAUCGCAAGCCUGUUCAUUGUCGCGUUGUGGCACUCCCAUUGUUGAUUUCUGAGGGGAGAGAAUUUCUCCUUGUAAUGUUUGAUGUUCUUUUCUCCGGAAAAUAAGUGAUUUUGAAUAUUUUAGAACUAUAGUUAUAUAUACAAACCUAUUGUGUACUUGCGAUUCAUGAUUGUAUUGUAGCUUUAUGCGAAAAUCAAUAAAUUCCUUAUCACACGUUUGUGAACA